AUGUCGUUUUUGAAGCAGCUACGCCGCCGCUCCAAGGCAAGCUUCCAUAGUGCUCCCCUCGACGCCAAAGCGCCCACGCCGCAGGUCGAGGUCGUGUCCGCCAACUCCUCGUCCACCGGUGAUUCCGUGUCGCACGCAUCCAUCACUCCCCCCGCAUCGAUUAGACCGACCCUCUCAUCCCCGAAUCUGCCCUCGCUGGUCGAGUCCCAGGAUGACCGCAGUACAGUGAGCAGCACGCCACUGCCGCUCCCUCAUCCACGGCCGGGCCUUCUCGGUACUCACUCGCAACGGAACAGUGUCGUGGUACGCAUUGAAUGUCCCCUGCGCGCCGACGAGCAGACGGAUCUUGUGAACUGCAGGAAGCUGAUGACGGGACUUUCCCCCACCACGUACAGGGCAGCUCAGCGUCGUCAAUCAAUGGCGCAUACCGGUCGUCCACGCCAUGCUCACCGUAUGCACCGAGAAUCAUCUCAAUCGCGGAAAAUUCGUGGGUCGGUAGUCCUCCUGUCCCGAAAAAUCAGUCCCUCAGGAAACGACGUCAUUCGCAGUGUCCACCAAAAGGUUCUAUUGAUCUAUGGCCAGAUCGGAGAUCCACGACAGAAUGCCAUGGACGGCACCGUGACCGUAUACCACCAUCAAGAUAAUUUCCCGUCGAUCGGCUGGCCCGUCACGGCAUCGCAUUUCAAGUCUCUGGUUCACCUGGUUCCCGGUCCGAAUCGCCUCCGCUUCGAUUUUGUCUCCCCAAAGUUGUCCUCCGGUAGCACGACGCCCGUGAUUCACUCGACCUGGAUUUGCAUCAACUACCUUCCCCUGGUGAAUGCGCCGCCGCUGCAGCUGGCGAUCCUCCUGGGCAAAGACUCGGACGGCACCUACGACGCCGUGCCCGAGCGCGCAGAACGCGAGGGCAAUGGGUUGGAAACGGCACUUCGCAAGUAUCGCACCGCCGCGUACCUGUGGCAGGCGUUUACGGGGGAGCAGAUGUUCCGCAAUAACCUCGGUCGGCGCUGCUUCCGCUUCGAAGAGGAGUGGCAGGCGGGCACGCUCAGUCGUCGGGACACGGCCAGUCAGCAGAUGCGCAACGAGGCCAGGAUCCACGUGAUUCGAUGCGACAAGACCGUCGCCGAACUGCGCGACCUCAACAUUGCCCAGCAGUAUGAGGGUGCCCAGAAGAAGGAUGAGCUAUUCAACAUCGCCAAGGAGGCGGUCCGCAAGCAUUUCAAUCCCCGACCCGGACAGAAACAGUACGUGUCCGUUCUGUUGCUGGAUUCCCAUUGGGACUUUGAGUCCAAGACCAUCACCGGUCAUGCAGCGCUCGGAUCCGACGGUGACGACAUCAAAUUGGCCAUCUUUGGAUCCCAUUGUCUGCAGAGCUAUCCCAGCUGCCUCGAAGAGGUCGUCGAUGCCUUUUCCGAUUGCACCCGCACGGACACCAACCACGUUGCCAAUGACUGCGGGGAUGCAGGCUCGAAUUGGGAGUCCGCCAAUCUCGGGAUCGGAGCGCACUUGCACGAGGUUGGUCAUCUGUUUGGCUGCCCCCAUCAGGAGUCGGGGGUUAUGCUGCGCGAUUACGUUCAAUUGAGUCGCUCAUUCUUGGUCAAGGAGCCCUUUUGCACGCGCACCAAGACACAGGGGCUCAAGGUCUGUCUCGCCAACGACGAAUGUGGCUGGCAUCGUCUGGAUGCGCUUCGGUUCCGCUUCCACCCCUGUUUCCGUCUCCCCAGUGACGUUUCCCUGAGCAAUGACGGCAGUGUUCAGGUAUGGCCGGUGGAGAACGGAAAGAUCCUGUUCACUUCCUCGUCCGGAAUCGCGUUUGUGGAAUUGUAUGCGGAAGGGGAGGAGCUCUGUCACCACUUUAUCGAAUACGUGAACAGCGAGUCCGGCGGGAAUGGACUGCCGAAGCAAGUCACUCUCACCGAGACGGAGCUUCGGGUUCAACUCUUUGGGACCGAAAAGGAGAAGAAGAAGAAGAAGAAGAUUCGCAUGGUCGCUGUUUCGGGGAACCUGGGCAGCUAUACCGUGGACGAUGUUGCGGCGCUGAAGUCCAAAAACUCCGUGGUCAAGCUGCCCAAGGGCCAGACAGGGUACAAAAGUGGCCAGCUGGGGCAUUCCGCCAUGGAGGGCAGCAAGCCUGAACAAUUGCUACUGGAGUAUGCAUUUAUCAAGACGAAGCUGUUGACUUCGAUCAAGAUCUACCAUGGAUCCGCGUUGGAUGGACUGGAAUUUUGCUACGAAGACAUGACCAGCCAGCUCUUCGGCACCCGCGGUGGAAAACCGGGAGGAGAUGAGUUUGUUCUCGAUGUUCGGCGCGGGGAGAUUUUGCUGGGUUUCUACGUCAGAGCUGGUCUCUGGAUAGAUGGUAUUGAAAUUCUCACCAGUCUAGGACGAAAAUCGGGGAUCUAUGGCAAUGCCCGUGGCGGAUCCGGUCACACCUUGAUCCCACCCUUGGGAUAUAAGAUCGCAGGUAUCGCAGGCUCGAGCGCAUCCUGGAUCGAUGGGUUCUCGCUCAUCGUUCAACACUAA